CAUAUUGGUCAAUUCCCCCAUGAAUAUAAAAGAAAACAAAGCAGCCCCUAGAAGAAUAAAGCUACUAUAAACUCUCCCCCGCUUACUCACUUAGAUUCCCAACACCUUCCUUUCUUCCCUUUACUUUUUCAAGGGAUUUGUUUUAUUCAAGAGUACCCUUAUAUACAAUAACUAUAGUAAUUUAAAAAAAUAAAAACAAUUAGUAAAAAGCUCUCCCAUGUUGUUAGUACAAAGCUCUCCACCCCUCCAAUCCCAAAUCCAACAGCCUCAAUCCAAAGUUUAUUUAUGUUGGUCUUUGAGCUGUUUAAUUUGGUGUUAGAUGGAUACCUUGUUUAGACUCGUGAGUCUCCAAUCAUCGGAUCAAUCUUUCAACUCUAGUAGAACUUCUAGCAGCUCUAGAUCCUCUAAACAAAACUAUCACAUUCACUACCAACAAGAGGACCAAGAAUGCUUCAACUGUUUCAUGGAUGAAGAUGACUACUCUUCGUCUUCUUCUCAACACUUUUAUCCCUAUCAUCAUCAUCAACCCCACCUUUCUCCCACCACAAAAAACACUUCCACCGCCACCGCUCACCAUGUUUUUCAAACCUCUGGCUCUGAUUUCUCUACUUUCUCCCUUGCUUGGGAACUAAACUUUGAUUUCUCCUGCAAGUGGGCUACCGGUAUCCUCCUCGAAACAGCAACCGCUAUUUCUGAAGGAAACGGUGGACUUGUCCAACAACUCAUGUGGAUGCUCAAUGAACUUAACUCACCUUACGGUGACACCGAGCAAAAGCUGGUUUCUUACUUUCUUCAAGCCUUGUUUAGCCGCAUUACCGACACUGGUGAGCGUUGCUAUCGAACGUUAGACACAGUAUCUGAUAAAACCUGUUCAUUCGAAUCAACAAGAAAGAUGGUAUUGAAGUUUCAAGAGGUAAGUCCUUGGACUACUUUUGGUCACGUAGCUUGUAAUGGUGCAGUCAUGGAAGCCUUCGAAGGCGAAAGAAAAUUACAUAUAAUAGAUAUCAGCAACACUUAUUGCACCCAAUGGCCUACAUUGCUUGAAGCCCUAGCUACCCGCACCGACGAAACCCCAUAUUUAAGGCUAACCACUAUCGUUCCUAGCAAAAAAGGUGGGGUUUCGGGAGUUUCAGUCAAAAAAGUAAUGAAAGAAAUAGAAAACAGAAUGGUAAAGUUUGCUAGGCUUAUGGGAGUUCCCUUUAAAUUCAAAGUGAUACACCAUCCCGGCGAUUUAUGUGACUUAGAUUUAUCAGAACUUGAUAUUAACGAAGAUGAAGCGUUAGCCAUCAACUUUGUUGGCACAUUACAUUCCAUCACAGCCGUUGAUAAUCGUAGGGAUCUUAUGAUAUCGAAUUUCAGGAGAUUGCAACCAAGGAUAAUCACUGUGAUCGAAGAAGAAGCUGAUCUUGACGUUGGGGUUGACGGGUUGGAGUUCGUUAAAGGUUUUCACGAAUGUUUAAGAUGGUUUAGGGUUUACUUUGAAGCCUUAGAUGAUUGUUUUGAGAGAACAAGCAAUGUAAGGUUGAUGCUGGAACAAGCAGCUGGUCGAGCCAUAGUUGAUUUGGUGGCUUGUUCGCCGUCCAUGUCCAUUGAGAUGCGGGAGCCAGCGACCCGCUGGUCCUGGCGGUUUAAAGCGAGUGGAUUUAACCCCGUGGUUCUGAGUGAUGAAGUGUGCGAUGAUGUACGCGCCUUGUUGAGAAGGUACAAGGAAGGUUGGUCAAUGGCACAGUGUCCUGACGCCGGAAUAUUCUUGUCUUGGAAAGACCAACCGGUGGUUUGGGCCAGUGCAUGGCGGCCUUGAUGAGGGCGAUAUAUGUGUUUUUCCUUUGAGUGCAUGGAGGGAUUCAAAUGUGUGCUAUGUUUUUCUCGGACGUGUAGUGAGAUUUGUUAAAAGGGAGAUAGAAGGAAGUGGGGGUGCCAGAAUUUGCUUUUUGACUUGGGUAAUUUGAUUUUCAGUAAUUAUUUUUUGUAUGAAAAUCAAAUAAAAUAUAUUAUGGUGUUUGGUUCUGAUCAAUUUCUUUUCUCAUUUCUAUAUUAUAUAUUUGUUUUAAAUGAGUUUAUAAUAUAAUAAGUUGUAUUUUGAUAAAAAAAUUAUAUAUAAUAAGUUAUUAAAAUUAAA